AUGGCCCCUAUUGAUGUAGUUAUUGUUGGAGGCUCAUUCGCAGGCCUCCAUAUUGCUCAUUCUGUGCUUCGUGAUGUACCUGAUGCAAAGGUUGUGCUGAUCAACCCCUCAACCAGCUUCUUCUGGAAUAUUGCUGCCCCACGCAUCGUCGCCAAACCCAAGGCCUUCCGCCCCGAGCAGUACUUGCUGCCAAUUAAGGAAGCUUUUGCAAGUUACCGGCCGGACGCGUUCGAGUUUCUUCCAGGAGUUGCGACGGCUAUCGACACCACCGCCAAGUCAGUCUCCGUAACCCCGAACGAGGGCGAGCCCAAGACCCUACCAUAUGAUUAUCUCGUGAUCGCGUCGGGCAGCACUACAUCUGCCACUACCGGCUCACUCACCGGCACAUCCAUACCAUUCAAGCAGUCGAAUCGCGAUGAUAUGGAGCAGCUGAUCGAGUCGGCACAGGAAAUCAUUGCAGGGGCGAAGGAGAUCGUGAUUGGAGGUGCGGGUCCUAUCGGUGUUGAGCUGGCUGGUGAGCUUGCCGACGCAGUGGAACAAAGCGGCAAUACCAACAAGGUUUCCAUCACGAUUGUCUCCGCGACAGAUCGCGUGCUCCCAAUGCUCAAGUCAUCCGCCAGCUCGGCUGCACGGAAGCAGCUAGAGCACAAGAAGGUCAAGGUCGUGACCUCGAAGCGAGUCAUUGGGGUCGAGACUCCGGCCGACGAUAGCUCCAACUGGACUGUCUCACUGGAAGGUGGAGACAAGCUUUCGGCUGACCUCUAUAUCCCCACUACCGGUGCGACCCCGAACAACAGUUUUAUUCCUACUCAGUUCUUGGACAAGGACGGUUGGAUGAAAGUGAACAACGAGAUGCGUGUUCAGUCGACCGACGGGUCAACCCUGCCCAUCUUUGCUGCCGGUGAUAUCACCAACUUCUCGAUGCGCCUCAGUUUCAAAGCUAUCGAGCAAGCGCAUGUGGCGGCGGCCAACCUCAAAGCGGCCAUUGUAGGUGGUACUGCCAUCAAGACCUUCGACCAGGGCGAUAGCAUUAUGAUGGUCGUGCCUAUUGGUGAAACUGGUGGUACGGGACAAAUUUUCGGAUUUGUACCUUUCGGCUUCAUGGUCAAGAUGAUCAAGGGCAAGCACUACUUUAUUGAAAAGGCCGACAGCGUACUCACUGGCAAGGCUUAG